GUCAGUGUGAAAAUGAGCAGCGCGCGAUGUGUGUCGCCUACUCUCGUAUUUUACACUGUGAAGCGCGUGAGUCGAGCACUACACACUGGAUGUACCUGCUAAAGAAACACCUUUCAAGGCGCACAGGGCGGAAAAUGGGACUCCUCAGUUUCCAACUUUUAAUCUAACAGGAGUAUUAUUGCUUGUUGCAGAGUCUGGAUCGUUGACAUGGCAGUAGACGCGGCCUCCAGUUUUACUUUCUGUCGUCCUGCGGUGGAGUACAGGGCACUUCCAGAGGACUUUAAGUACCAGCUGAGUCGUUGUGCAGGUGGAAACCUUACCUGGCAUGAGGGGCACAGCCGCAAAACAGCCGGUGGCCGACCGGUCAAACUACUCCAGCAGCCUGGAAGCAAAGAACUUCAGUUACGUUCAGGUGAAUCUUACUCUGUUUACCACACCAGCCCGACCUUGCCGUGUCUCUCCAGGCCAGUGGUUCUGUGGUCUCAGCAGGAUGUAUGCAGAUGGUUGAAGAAGCACUGUCCACACAACUACUUGACCUAUGUUGAAGCUUUCUCCCACCACGCCAUUACAGGUCGUGCUCUCUUGAGAUUGAAUGGAGAGAAGUUAGAGCGGAUGGGUUUGGUGCAGGAGACUCUGAGACAAGAGCUUCUCCAGCAGGUUCUACAGCUACAAGUACAAGAGGAAGGGCGCAACUUACAGCUGCUUAGCAGAGGGCUAUCCGGAAACCUGUCAUAGCUUCAACCAUGCGUAGGGCAGUUCUACCAGACUGGCUGCACUCUGAAGGGACAUCAGUGUGUUUGGUCAGGCUGAGGCCAGAGACGUUUGACUGCAGCUGUCAUGGACUGGGACACGGGGACAGGUUUCAGUUAUACAGCUCAAACUCCACAUUCUCACUAUGCUUAAAUAAAACUCAUACCAAAGGAGAUCUACACAAGGAGCUUUCAUGUAUUCCUCCCAUGAUUUAUCAACCUCAAAUCUGCUUCGAAAUGCAAACAAAAGAGGAAUCUUCAAUCUUUAUACCUGAUAAAGGCGGUCCAAGCUGGCUGUACCAAAGCUCUCUGGAUUUUGUAAAAACUCAGUUCCACUUUAAAAUCUACAAGACCGUCUACAAUGAUGUAGCUAUAAUAUGAACUUUGACCCACAGAAACAAGCUUGCUAACUAUUUUCUGCUGGAAUGUGACUUUGCCAGAUGUGCCCUGAAACGUGCCGGUCAAGAUUGUGGUUCUACGUAAGCAAAAUGUGUCCAGUUCCUACAGGUGUUCCAGGGCUCAUUUCACGUUAGAUAUAAACCUAAAUGAUUCAAACCUGCAUUUGUACUGUGAAUCCAACUAGACGGCCUGUUUUAGUUUUGUGACAGCUGUUGUUGUUUUUUAACUUAAGAAGAUUUUGUCUCUGGGAACAAAAAGUUAAAAUGUGUCUAAAACUAGUUCCCCAUGUGACAAUGAUGACCGCAUUUCCACUGAAACAAUGAGUAUCGUUGGCCACAAAAAGCUGUGUUUAUGUUGUGUAAAAUACAAAACUCUGUAAGUGUCUGAGAGAAUUGUUGAUGACAGAUGUAAAAAAAAAAUAAUAAUUUACAUGCUGCAUUGGUGCCUAACGAAGUCUCAAGUGUGGACUCUGCCCAAAAGACCAUUGAAAAAACCCACAACAAAACAUCGGGAUGAUGCGGUGUGAGAACCUGAAAGUGGUUUGGGACACAUAAAAACUGCAUAAAACUGUAUUCAUGCAUUAUUUUGGGGAGAGUUUGAUUAUUUCAAGUAAUGAUAGGUUGUGACACCAUGACUCAGCUUGCGAUUUGUUAGAUCUGAUUAUAAAUGUCCUGUCAAGGUUAGGCAGAAACAUUCGUCUGAUACUCUAGGAAGUGCACUGGCAUAAAAGAUGUUUUAAAAGACACUUUACACGCAACAGUUUCACUGAAAAGGAAGAAUGGUUUGAAACUAUAUUUCCCAUAAUUAGUUUCAUGAGGUAUUGACAGCAGAGAGUGCAGCUUCAUGGUGAUCAGAUAUGAGUGGAGAGUUAAACACUCAAGCCGACUGAACAGGGAUCACAAUUCUACAAACAUAGGCUAUGGCCUAGAUAAAUUAUAGGAGAAAGAUUCGAUGCGUUUAGAAGAAGGUGCACCUCUGACAUUAUCUGUUGACCCACAUCGAGCCAAUUAAUAAUUUUUGGCAUGUUAUGGAACUGUUAUUCAUACUGUGGAGUGCAAUGUUCCGUCUUUCUGGUGAUGAAAAAAAAUAAUCAUCAUAGGAACAUAAAUCAUAGUUAACCUCCUUCCUUCUUCCCUCCUGCCCCAGUUUCAGCAGGCGGCUGCUGCGCGCUAAUGUCGCGUUAUUAUUAUUAUAAUGAACUAUAGACUGAGGUCUCCCUCCUGACGCUGACGCUAUGUGUGUUCCCAUUAGUGCACCAUGGGAUAGAUCACAUCCUAACUGAUCACCAACCGAGAUUUGACCUUUGAGGUGUCUAUUUAAUAGACUCAUUCAUUAAAACAUAUUGUGGUGUAUGUAAUAGUUCUUUACAAUACCAAUACAUUCUUUUAAAUAACCAUGCACAUUCUUUUUGUAGUGAAUAUAGUUAU